UCUCCCGCACACCUCCCCGGACAUGGCUCUGUGAGACAGCACAUGGCGGCCGCGGCCAUGCAGAGCCCCCCCACACCAUCCAACACCCCCCCGCUCCUCCUCCUCUAGACACCGAGCUCGGCCCCUGUCCCUCCCGCCGCCGCCAUGGGGGUGCACGGCUUCCAGGACUACAUCGAGAAGCGAUGCCCGGGCGCGGUGGUCCCGGUGGAGCUGCAGAAAUUGGCCCGGGGCAGUCUGGUGGGGGGCGGCCGACAGAGACCCCCCCAGACUCCCCUCCGACUGCUCAUCGACGCCGACAACUGCCUGCAUCGGCUGUACGGCGGCUUCUACACCGACUGGGUGAGCGGCGGCCAAUGGAACCACAUGCUGGGCUACCUGGCCGCCCUGGCCAAGGCCUGCUACGCCGGAAACAUCGAGCUCUUCGUCUUCUUCAACGGCGCCCUGGACAAGGCCCGGCUCCAUGAAUGGGUGAAGCGGCAGAGCAACGAGCGCCAGACCGGCCAGCAAAUCAUCAGCCACAUCCAGAACAAGGGCACCCCGCCCCCCAAAGUCUGGUUCCUGCCCCCCAUCUGUAUGGCCCACUGCAUCCGCCUGGCCCUGGUCCGCUUCCACAUCAAGGUUGCACAGAGCAUUGAAGAUCAUCAUCAAGAAGUCAUCAGUUUUUGCCGUGAAAAUGGAUUCCAUGGUCUGGUCGCCUAUGACUCGGACUAUGCGCUGUGCAAUAUCCCGUAUUACUUCAGUGCUCACGCACUCAAACUGAGCCGCAAUGGAAAAAGCAUCACAACCAGCCAGUACCUAAUGCACGAGGUGGCUAAACAACUGGAUCUCAAUCCCAACCGCUUCCCCAUUUUUGCUGCUCUUCUAGGUAACCACAUUCUUCCUGAUGAAGAUUUGGCUGCUUUCCAUUGGAGUUUACUGGGACCAGAUCAUCCAUUAGCCUCAUUAAAAGUUCGCGCUCACCAGCUUGUUUUACCUCCAUGUGAUGUCGUGAUCAAAGCGGUCGCAGACUAUGUGCGCAACAUUAAAAAUACAGAGGAUUUGGAUGCAAUUUCUUCAGAUGUUUUUCAGCAUUCACAGUCCAGAACAGAUGACAAAGUUUCCCGCUUCAAGAGAGCUGUCGCUUACUACAGAGCCACCAACAAGCCCCUGCCAUACCCACCAGCUCCAUACCUUGGCAGACCAAAUCAAAACAGAGCUUACGGUAUGAUGCAGGGCAACCCAUGUCAGAUGCCUCCUCUGCCUUCUGUACAAUCAAAGCCUAUGGCUCCUCACUUGUCCGGCCAUAGUGGUGCUAUUGGCAAAGGUCCAUUUCCAUACAACCUCUCAGAAUCCACUGCCAGUCCUACAAAUAAGAGCGUUUCUGAACAGAAUAACUACAGUAACAUUCCUCAUGAAGGCAAACACACCCCACUGUACGAGCGUUCUUCUCCCAUCAACCCAGCACAGAGCGGGAGCCCCAACCAUGUGGAUUCCACCUACUUCCCAACAUCUUCUGCUUCCUCAUCUUCUGACAACGACGAUGGCAAUGCAGGAGCCAGCAAUCACGUCAGUGGAAAUAAGCCUGGAUGGGAUAAAAAAGCGAAAUCACCCGGUAAAACAAAUAAGAAGGAUAAUGCAGACCAAGUAAAGACUGAGGGCUCCUCAGCUGCCACAUCAGGACCCAAGGCAACUGAAAAGAAAGGCAACCAGGGGGGUGGCCUGCAGAUUCCAUGUCUUCUGUCCAUGCCCACUAGAAAUCACAUGGACAUCACAACUCCUCCAUUGCCUCCUGUAGCACCUGAAGUAUUAAGAGUAGCUGAACAUCGCCACAAGAAGGGCUUAAUGUACCCUUACAUCUUUCAUGUACUCACAAAGGGAGAGAUAAAAAUUCCAGUUACCAUUGAAGAUGAAGUGAACAAGGACCUUCCCCCAGCUGCUAUCCUCUACAGACCAGUGCGCCAGUAUGUCUAUGGGGUCCUGUUCAGCCUGGCAGAGUGCAGGAAGAAAGCAGAGCGGCUUGCUUUUAGAAAGAACAGGAUGCCCCCCGAAUAUUAUCCAGUCAUUAUUAAAGAGUGGGCAGCCUAUAAGGGAAAGUCACCUCAGACACCAGAGCUGGUGGAAGCCCUUGCCUUUAGGGAAUGGACCUGUCCUAAUCUAAAGAAGCUGUGGUUGGGCAAAGCAGUUGAGGACAAGAACCGAAGGAUGAGAGCUUUUCUGGCCUGUAUGAGAUCUGACACACCAGCCAUGCUAAAUCCUGCUAAUGUGCCCACUCAUCUUAUGGUGCUCUGCUGUGUAUUACGCUAUAUGGUGCAAUGGCCGGGCAUCAGAAUACUUCGGCGCCAGGAGCUUGAUGCCUUCCUCUCCCAGGCACUGUCACCCAAACUCUAUGAGCCUGAACAACUCCAAGAACUCAAGAUCGAAAAUUUGGACCCAAGAGGAAUUCAACUGUCUGCCUUGUUCAUGAGCGGAGUGGACAUGGCACUGCUGGCCAACGAUGCUUGUGGACAGCCGAUCCCUUGGGAACACUGCUGCCCUUGGAUGUAUUUUGAUGGAAAAUUACUUCAGUUCAAGUAUCUUAAAGCUACCAGGGAAAAGGCUUCACUAAUUGACCUCUGCGAUGGUCAGGCAGAACAAGCUGCCAAAGUAGACAAGAUGAGACAAAGUAUCCUAGAAGGGCUACACUUUACAAGACCGAGCCACCCACUGCCAUUCCCGCCUCCACCCGUCAUGCCUUUUUACCCUGCUGCUGUGUACCCGCGACCCUUUGGACCAAUGCCUCCACCUCCAGGUAGAGGAAGAGGAUUCUCUGGUGUCCAGCCCAUGCCUUCUCAGGGAGGGAAGCUUGAAAUAGCUGGAACGGUGGUUGGCCAGUGGGCUGGGACUAGACGUGGACGUGGCAGAGGACAUUUCCCACUUCAGGUGGUUUCUGUUGGUGGACCAACUAGAGGAGGACGCCCCAGAGGAGUUAUAUCAACCCCCGUCAUACGAACAUUUGGAAGAGGUGGUAGAUAUUAUGGAAGAGGGGCAUACAAAAACCAAGGGGCAUCUCAGACCAAGCCAGCAUACGCUACUUCUGCGGCAGAAGUGGCCAAAGAGCUUAAGACACAAUCCGAAGACUCCAAAUCAUCCGCCGUGUCUUCAGAUGGUUCUCUGACCGAGAACGGAGUGGGGAACGGGGACAACCAAGCUUCCCAGAUCAACGGGGGCUCUGCAGACACCCAGCCUCCCAAUCACUCUGAAAGUGCCUUAAGCAGUGACUCUAAAGCGUGCAAUACGAAUCCUCAUUUAAAUGCACUAGAUCCAGACAGCGGGCACCACGAGGAGGAAACCCUUGAGGCCUCUGUCUUAAAAAAAGAAGAGUAAACUUAUUUUUCUAGAGGGUGAAGGAUGUUGGAAAGUUCAGGGUUAGGAAUAUCUGGAAAGAAGGAGAGCCUACAGUUACGUACAUUUUUUCCUUUCCGUAAGUGAAAAAUGAGGAUUUGGAAAUUCGGAUCCCUCUUUUGACGUCAGACGAAAAAAAAAAAGUUUCAGAGGUUUUAUUUUCUUUUUAACCAGUUGUAGUCAAAAUGCUACAAGGAAAAAAAAAAGCUGAGCAUAUUUUGAAGAGCAUUUGACUCCCAUAUGUUAACGAAACAUGCGCAAAGUUAAAACUGGUUACAACAACAAGGCGUAAACAAAAACCGCUCGUGCUGUAUCUUUAGAUACAAGCAAACACAAUUUAUGGCAGUUCUUUUUUCAGUAUAUAUAUAUAGCUUAAGUAUAAUUUGUAGUAUUUGGCACCAUAUGUAUGCCAUUAUAUUUGAUUUUACAAUACUGUGUCACGUUAAAAGAAAAUCAGAAACGUUGGUUUUCCAGAUUAUGAUAAUAUGGCACAAACUGUUUUUUUUUUCUCUUUCAUUCUUUAUUAUUUCAUCGCUGUUGAUGUGGUUUUUCUCCUUUUUUUUUUUUCGUACUACGAUGUGCAACUUUAUUGGAACACAAACAAUUAUAGCGUUAACAUUUACAGAUUUUUGCUAAUCUUUUAAAUACUCAUUACUCAUACUAUUCAAGCAAAGUUAGAAAUCAUAGAGGAGGGAAGAAAAAAAAGGGACAACAACCCUUUUUUUCCCCCUGAAAAAAAAAAAACAGCCGCUCACAAAAUAAUAAAAAAAAAGUUUCAGUGAAUUCUGUUUUACCAUGCAUCCGUGAUCAAUGAAAUUGUGUGGUUUUUUGAAUCAAACGUAGACCAUUAGUGCUACUAUUGACCUUGCAUGGUUCAUCCUUUUUAAGGUGUGUAGUCAAUAUUAUGCAUGUUCUCGUCCUCUUUCUGCCAUUCUUACAAAGUUCUGUGCCCAUCUGCAAAACAAGAAAACAAAAAAAACUAAUAAUCAGUAAUAGUUCGAUGAGAUGUUAAUUAUGUUUAGUCAUUGACUGAUCUCGCUCUAACCUUUUAAAGAAAAUUUUGUGAUUAUUGACCUCUGUUGCAUUUAUCCUAAAACAAAAAAAAAAAUUAACUAGCCGUUUAAAUAUCAACGUUUUUUCUCUGGUGUAUCCAUUGCUGUAUUGCAUUAUUGUUCUCUGUUGCUGUUUUCACAUUAGCAAAUAUGGAUUCUGUGAUUUAAAAAAAUAAUCUUAAAAGUGCUUUGAUCUUUAAACCUUCCCCUUUUCACCCCCCCACUUCUGUAGCAGGACAGGAUUUGCCCGUUCCUGAGCUCUUCAGCCUUUUCCUACGCCGAGUACACCUGUAUCAUUUUGAUGUUUCUGUUAGUGUUUCCAAAACCUUUUAAAUGUUCUUUAUGAAAAAAAAAAAAUCCAAAUCAUUUCUUUCUCUUCGUUUUCAUAUAAUUCUCCUGAUGCUCUUCAUCACUCAUUAGUGAUCAGAAAUGAGGUGUAACUCCCCCCAUUCUUUUGCCCGCAAGAGCUGAGUAGGUAUUUUAAUGUAAGUUGAAAGGAGUUUUGCCCCAACUCAUGGACUGUGCAAGAAUGAACUACUGUUGGCUUUGUUUGGAAGUCGGUGGAUUGUGGUGCGUUAUGUCUGAAGGCUAUUGAAUGCAACUUACAAUGCUUAAUAAAAAUCUUUAUUCUUUUAGUAUAAA